UACACUUACAUAUACCGACCCAAAGAGUGCUUAAAACUUGUAACCUUUCCUAUAGUAUCACGUACAUUCCAUUCGUAAGAUAUGGGUGCUGAGCUUAUGAAAUGGUUCUUUCUGUGCAUGAUAACUGUGCUAACCUUUAGCAGCUGGAUAACUAGGGCUCAGCCUCAGGUUCCAUGUUACUUUAUUUUUGGAGAUUCAUUGGUUGACAAUGGUAAUAAUAAUCGAAUCGCUUCAUUAGCAAGAGCAAAUUAUAUGCCUUACGGUAUCGACUUUCCCGAGGGACCUAGCGGAAGGUUUUGCAAUGGUAAAACUACAGUUGAUGUCAUUGCUGAGCUGCUAGGGUUCGAAGAUUUCAUUACACCUUAUGCAGAAGCACGGGGUCAAGACAUACUCCGGGGAGUUAAUUAUGCAUCAGCAGCUGCUGGAAUCAGAGAAGAAACUGGGCAACAACUGGGUGGCCGGAUUAGUUUCAGCGGGCAGGUAAACAAUUACAGAAACACCGUAUCGCAAAUGGUGAAUUUACUGGGGGAUGAAAAUUCAGCAGGGGACUAUCUAAGCAAGUGUAUAUACUCAAUCGGAUUAGGAAGCAAUGACUAUCUUAAUAACUAUUUUAUGCCUACAAUUUACUCCACUAGCCGAAGAUACAAUGUUCAACAAUAUGCAGAUGUUCUUCUUCAACAAUACAAGGAGCAGCUAGUGACGUUGUACAAUUAUGGAGCCAGAAAAUUUGCUCUAAUUGGAGUGGGACAGGUAGGGUGCAGCCCAAGUGAACUAGCACAAAACAGUCCAGAUGGUUCAUCAUGUGUCGAAAGAAUCAACGAGGCAAAUGAGAUCUUCAACAGCGGGCUUAGAUCACUAGUCGAUGAACUCAACCUAAACCAACGCGAUUCGAGAUUUACCUACAUCAAUGCUUAUGGGAUCUUCCAAGACCUAAUUUCUCGUCCUGCAUUUUAUGGUUUCAGCAACACGAACACAGGGUGCUGCGGCGUAGGCAGAAACAAUGGCCAGAUUACAUGUCUUCCACUCGAAACUCCGUGUAGAAACAGAAAUGAAUAUGUGUUUUGGGAUGCAUUCCAUCCCACAGAAGCUGCAAACAUUGUCAUAGGGAGGAGAUCGUAUGCUGCGGAGUCUGCGUCCGAUUCAUAUCCGUACGAUAUCCGCCGACUGGCUCAGCUCUGAUGAGAGUGAAAUUCAUUGAAGUAUACAGAUUACAUUAUACAUUUAAAAACAUUUAUGCGUGUAUAUCAAUAUAUAUGCGCACAUACAUAUUUUAUUCCCAUACCAAGAUUAAGUAUGUGCUGUAUUAUUUUUGAAGUGUGAUCAAAGGCAUUUAUUGUUACUUUAUUUCGUUAUAUAAAAUUGUAUUAAUUGGAUGAUGAAAUUAAUGAUAUGCAUGUGAGAAUAUUGUCUUGUAUGAAACACUAGCGAGUCAUCUUCAAACAAAACCUUUUGUUUA